AUGUGGAAUAACAGCAACGGACAAGAGAUGUGGAAUAACAAUGGUAUGAUUGCUCCUCCUGGGACUGGAGGAGGACCGCCGUUAGCGCCUCCCGGGACUGGAGGUGCUGGUGGCUCAAUACCGCCACCACCUGCCGCGCAACCGUCUUAUACUGUCUUGCCGUCUCCGGCUGAAGCGGAGGCCAGGCUGGAAGAGAAGGCGAGGAAGUGGAUGCAGUUGAACUCGAAGCGGUAUGGAGAUAAACGGAAAUUUGGCUUUGUUGAGACUCAGAAGGAAGACAUGCCUCCGGAACAUGUUAGGAAGAUUAUCAGGGAUCAUGGUGAUAUGUCAUCCAAAAAGUACAGGCAUGACAAACGUGUAUAUCUGGGCGCUCUCAAGUUUGUUCCUCAUGCUGUCUAUAAGCUUCUUGAGAACAUGCCUAUGCCCUGGGAACAGGUCCGAGAUGUGAAGGUGCUAUAUCACAUUACUGGUGCCAUCACAUUCGUGAAUGAGAUUCCAUGGGUUGUUGAACCAAUAUAUCUUGCACAGUGGGGUACCAUGUGGAUCAUGAUGCGAAGGGAGAAGAGGGACCGAAGGCAUUUCAAGAGAAUGCGUUUUCCUCCUUUUGAUGAUGAAGAGCCUCCAUUGGACUAUGCUGACAAUCUUCUGGAUGUGGAUCCUUUGGAACCAAUUCAACUGGAGUUGGAUGAGGAAGAAGAUUCUGCCGUUUAUACUUGGUUCUAUGACCAUAAACCUCUUGUGAAGACCAAGCUUAUUAAUGGACCAAGUUAUCGAAAAUGGCAUCUGUCGCUCCCUAUCAUGGCAACGCUUCAUCGAUUAGCAGGACAGCUGCUUUCUGAUUUGAUUGAUCGGAAUUAUUUCUACUUGUUUGAUAUGGAGUCAUUUUUCACGGCCAAAGCUCUUAAUAUGUGUAUACCAGGUGGUCCCAAAUUUGAACCUUUGUAUCGUGACAUGGAGAAAGGUGAUGAGGAUUGGAAUGAGUUCAAUGAUAUCAAUAAACUCAUUAUCCGUUCGCCUUUGAGGACUGAGUACAGGAUUGCUUUCCCUCAUCUAUAUAACAAUAGGCCAAGGAAAGUAAGGCUAUGUAUAUAUCAUACACCGAUGGUUAUGUAUAUAAAAACGGAGGAUCCUGAUUUGCCUGCAUUUUAUUAUGAUCCCCUGAUACACCCAAUCACUUCCGUCAAUAAAGACCGGCGUGACAAGAAAGUUCAUGACGAUAAUGAAGAUGAAGAUGAUUUCUGUUUGCCAGAGGGUGUUGAGCCGUUGCUUAGUGGUACUCCAUUGUAUACUGACACUACAGCUGCUGGUAUUUCUUUGUUAUUUGCACCCCGUCCCUUUAACAUGAGAUCUGGCCGGAUGCGGCGUGCUGAAGAUAUCCCUCUUGUUUCGGAGUGGUAUAAGGAACACUGUCCUCCUUCAUAUCCAGUGAAAGUUCGGGUUAGCUAUCAGAAGUUACUGAAGUGUUUCGUUUUGAACGAGCUGCAUCAUAGACCGCCUAAAGCUCAAAAGAAGAAGCACUUAUUCCGUUCUCUCCAGGCUACCAAGUUUUUUCAGACCACAGAACUUGAUUGGGCUGAAGCAGGUCUACAAGUUUGUAAGCAGGGGUACAACAUGCUCAAUCUGUUGAUUCAUCGGAAGAAUCUUAAUUACCUUCAUCUUGACUAUAACUUCAAUCUUAAGCCUGUGAAGACUCUUACCACCAAGGAGCGUAAGAAGUCACGAUUUGGAAAUGCUUUCCAUCUUUGCCGUGAAAUUUUGCGUUUGACAAAGCUUGUCGUUGAUGCAAAUAUUCAGUUCCGAUUGGGGAAUGUGGAUGCAUUUCAGUUGGCUGAUGGUCUGCAAUAUACAUUUUCACAUGUUGGGCAGUUAACUGGUAUGUACCGUUACAAGUACCGACUCAUGAGGCAGAUUCGGAUGUGCAAGGAUUUGAAGCAUUUGAUUUAUUACCGGUUCAAUACUGGGCCAGUUGGGAAAGGACCUGGAUGUGGUUUCUGGGCACCUAUGUGGAGAGUGUGGUUGUUUUUCCUUCGUGGAAUAGUGCCUCUACUGGAGAGGUGGCUGGGAAAUUUACUUGCUCGCCAAUUUGAGGGACGACACUCUAAAGGGGUGGCUAAGACUGUUACAAAACAACGUGUUGAAAGCCAUUUCGAUCUGGAGCUUCGUGCUGCCGUGAUGCAUGACGUUCUUGAUGCCAUGCCAGAGGGAAUAAAGCAAAAUAAGGCAAGAACCAUUUUGCAGCAUUUGAGUGAAGCAUGGCGUUGUUGGAAGGCAAAUAUCCCCUGGAAGGUUCCUGGUUUACCGGUUCCGAUAGAGAACAUGAUUCUCCGAUAUGUGAAGUCAAAAGCUGAUUGGUGGACAAAUGUUGCUCACUACAAUCGUGAACGUAUAAGGAGGGGUGCCACAGUGGAUAAGACUGUUUGUAGGAAGAACUUGGGGAGAUUGACUCGUCUUUGGCUGAAGGCAGAACAGGAACGUCAGCACAACUACUUGAAAGAUGGUCCAUAUGUCACCCCAGAAGAAGCUGUCGCCAUCUACACCACCACAGUUCAUUGGUUGGAGUCUAGAAAGUUUUCACCUAUACCAUUUCCGCCACUGUCUUACAAGCAUGACACCAAGCUUCUUAUUCUUGCUCUCGAGAGGCUUAAGGAAUCUUAUAGUGUGGCUGUGAGGUUAAAUCAGCUCCAAAGAGAAGAAUUGGGCUUGAUUGAACAAGCUUAUGACAAUCCACAUGAGGCAUUAUCAAGAAUAAAACGUCACCUCCUUACCCAACGUGCUUUUAAAGAAGUUGGCAUAGAGUUUAUGGAUUUAUACAGCUAUCUGAUUCCAGUUUAUGAGAUUGAGCCUCUUGAGAAGAUUACAGAUGCAUAUCUUGAUCAAUAUUUAUGGUAUGAAGGUGACAAGCGUCAUCUCUUUCCCAAUUGGAUCAAGCCUGCAGAUUCAGAGCCCCCACCACUCUUGGUUUAUAAGUGGUGCCAGGGCAUAAACAAUUUGCAGGGUAUAUGGGACACUGGUGAUGGGCAGUGUGUGGUAAUGCUUCAGACCAAGUUUGAGAAGUUCUUUGAGAAGAUUGAUUUGACAAUGCUUAACAGGCUUUUACGGUUGGUCCUUGACCACAAUAUUGCUGAUUAUGUUACGGCAAAGAACAAUGUUGUGUUGUCUUAUAAAGAUAUGAGUCACACGAACUCAUAUGGGCUGAUACGUGGUCUUCAGUUUGCGUCUUUUGUGGUACAAUACUAUGGAUUGGUGUUGGAUCUUUUACUUCUUGGUUUGACACGUGCAAGUGAAAUUGCUGGUCCACCACAAAUGCCCAACGAGUUCAUUACUUUCUGGGACACUAAAGUUGAAACACGACAUCCGAUACGGCUGUAUUCUCGGUACAUUGACAAAGUGCAUAUUUUAUUUCGUUUUACACAUGAAGAGGCUCGAGAUCUUAUACAGCGUUAUCUCACUGAACAUCCUGAUCCCAACAACGAGAAUAUGGUUGGUUACAAUAAUAAGAAGUGCUGGCCAAGAGAUGCAAGAAUGAGGCUCAUGAAACAUGAUGUGAAUCUUGGAAGAAGUGUUUUCUGGGAUAUGAAGAAUCGUCUUCCUCGGAGUAUCACAACUUUGGAGUGGGAGAACAGCUUUGUUUCUGUUUAUAGCAAAGACAAUCCAAACCUGCUAUUUAGCAUGUGUGGGUUUGAGGUUCGUAUAUUGCCAAAAAUAAGAAUGACUCAGGAGGCAUUCAGUAAUACGAGAGAUGGAGUUUGGAACUUGCAGAAUGAACAGACAAAAGAGCGUACAGCAGUUGCUUUCUUACGAGUUGAUGAUGAACACAUGAAAGUGUUUGAGAAUCGUGUAAGGCAGAUUCUUAUGAGUUCAGGAUCUACAACGUUCACAAAAAUCGUUAACAAAUGGAAUACAGCUUUAAUAGGUCUAAUGACAUACUUCCGUGAAGCAACCGUGCAUACACAAGAGCUUUUAGAUCUGUUGGUCAAAUGUGAAAACAAAAUCCAGACCCGUAUCAAAAUUGGAUUAAAUUCAAAAAUGCCUAGCAGAUUCCCUCCUGUGAUUUUCUACACACCCAAGGAGAUUGGAGGGCUUGGUAUGCUGUCGAUGGGUCACAUAUUGAUUCCACAGAGUGAUCUCCGUUAUAGUCAGCAGACAGAUGUUGGGGUAACUCACUUUAGGAGUGGUAUGAGUCAUGAAGAAGACCAAUUGAUUCCAAAUCUGUAUCGUUAUAUACAGCCAUGGGAGAGCGAGUUCAUUGAUUCACAACGUGUUUGGGCUGAAUAUGCUCUGAAGAGGCAGGAAGCCCAGUCACAGAACAGGCGGUUAACGCUUGAAGACUUGGAAGACUCAUGGGAUCGUGGAAUACCAAGAAUCAAUACCUUGUUCCAGAAGGAUCGACACACACUAGCAUAUGACAAGGGAUGGAGGGUGAGAACUGAUUUCAAGCAGUAUCAGGUUCUGAAACAAAACCCAUUUUGGUGGACACACCAGAGACACGAUGGUAAAUUGUGGAACUUGAAUAAUUACCGAACUGACGUUAUCCAAGCACUUGGUGGUGUUGAAGGAAUUUUGGAGCAUACAUUAUUCAAGGGAACAUAUUUUCCAACUUGGGAGGGUCUCUUUUGGGAGAAAGCUUCAGGUUUUGAGGAGUCCAUGAAGUACAAGAAGCUGACUAAUGCUCAGAGAUCAGGGCUGAACCAAAUUCCAAAUCGUAGGUUCACACUUUGGUGGUCGCCUACCAUUAACCGAGCUAACGUUUAUGUUGGUUUCCAAGUGCAACUGGAUUUGACUGGAAUAUUCAUGCACGGAAAGAUUCCCACCCUGAAGAUCUCUCUUAUUCAGAUCUUUCGUGCUCACUUGUGGCAGAAGGUCCAUGAGAGCGUUGUGAUGGAUCUCUGCCAGGUAUUGGAUCAGGAGUUGGAUGCAUUGGAGAUCGAGACUGUGCAGAAGGAAACAAUCCAUCCAAGAAAGAGUUACAAAAUGAACAGCUCUUGUGCUGACAUUCUCUUAUUUGCUGCACAUAGAUGGCCCAUGUCAAAACCCAGUCUGGUGGCCGAGUCGAAGGACGUAUUUGAUCAGAAAGCAAGUAACAAAUACUGGAUUGAUGUUCAGCUUCGUUGGGGUGAUUAUGAUUCUCAUGAUAUCGAGCGUUAUACUAGAGCCAAGUUCAUGGACUACACCACCGAUAACAUGUCUAUCUAUCCAUCGCCAACAGGGGUGAUGAUUGGAUUGGAUCUUGCGUACAACUUGCACUCUGCUUUCGGGAAUUGGUUCCCGGGGUCAAAGCCACUGCUUGCUCAGGCUAUGAAUAAGAUUAUGAAGUCAAAUCCAGCUUUAUAUGUUCUAAGAGAGCGCAUAAGGAAAGGAUUGCAAUUGUAUUCUUCGGAGCCAACUGAGCCAUAUUUGUCAUCUCAGAACUAUGGAGAAAUCUUCAGCAACCAGAUAAUUUGGUUUGUUGAUGAUACGAAUGUGUACCGUGUGACCAUUCACAAAACUUUUGAAGGAAAUCUUACAACAAAACCAAUUAAUGGUGCUAUUUUCAUAUUUAAUCCCCGAACCGGGCAACUGUUUCUGAAGGUUAUUCACACAAGUGUGUGGGCAGGGCAAAAGCGUCUUGGUCAACUGGCUAAGUGGAAAACAGCAGAAGAAGUGGCUGCUCUUGUUCGUUCAUUACCUGUUGAGGAACAGCCAAAACAGAUCAUCGUCACUCGUAAAGGCAUGUUGGAUCCUCUUGAAGUCCACUUGCUUGAUUUUCCCAAUAUCGUCAUAAAAGGAAGUGAGCUGCAGCUUCCAUUCCAGGCAUGUCUGAAAAUUGAGAAAUUUGGUGAUUUGAUUCUGAAGGCAUCAGAACCACAAAUGGUUUUGUUCAAUAUAUAUGAUGAUUGGUUGAAGAGCAUAUCGUCGUACACAGCGUUCUCCAGGCUCAUUUUGAUACUGCGUGCUUUACAUGUAAACAAUGAGAAGGCAAAGAUGUUGCUCAAGCCUGAUAAGACGAUUAUCACGGAGCCCCAUCAUAUCUGGCCUUCACUUUCUGAUGAUCAAUGGGUGAAGGUUGAAGUUGCUCUAAGAGAUCUCAUAUUGUCUGAUUAUGCAAAGAAGAAUAAUGUUAAUACUUCAGCACUGACACAAUCUGAGAUACGUGAUAUUAUACUUGGUGCUGAAAUUACUCCACCUUCUCAGCAGCGGCAGCAAAUUGCUGAGAUCGAGAAACAGGCAAAAGAAGCUAGCCAAUUGACGGCUGUGACUACCAGAACAACAAACGUUCAUGGUGAUGAACUUAUCGUUACCACCACAAGUCCUUAUGAACAAGCUGCAUUCGGUUCCAAGACAGAUUGGCGUGUGAGAGCUAUAUCAGCUACAAACCUCUAUCUCCGUGUGAAUCAUAUAUAUGUCAACUCUGAGGACAUAAAGGAAACGGGGUAUACUUACAUCAUGCCAAAGAAUAUUUUGAAGAAAUUCAUAUGCAUUGCAGACUUGAGAACUCAGAUUUCUGGGUACUUGUAUGGUGUAAGUCCUCCUGAUAAUCCUCAAGUGAAAGAAAUUCGUUGCAUUGCCAUGCCACCACAGUGGGGAACCCAUCAACAAGUGCAUCUCCCAUCAGCUCUCCCUGAACACGACUUCCUUAGCGAUCUGGAACCGUUGGGAUGGAUGCACACACAACCAAAUGAGCUUCCUCAGCUAUCUCCACAGGAUCUUACGUUUCAUGCUCGGAUUUUGGAGAACAACAAGCAAUGGGAUGGGGAGAAAUCUAUCAUACUGACUUGCAGUUUCACUCCGGGUUCGUGUUCGUUGACUGCAUACAAGCUGACACCAACAGGUUAUGAAUGGGGGCGUGCAAACAAGGAUACAGGAAGCAAUCCCCAUGGUUAUCUACCAACUCACUAUGAGAAGGUUCAGAUGCUUCUAAGUGACCGUUUCCUUGGUUUCUAUAUGGUUCCUGAUAACGGUCCUUGGAAUUACAAUUUCAUGGGAGUGAAGCAUACGAUUAGCAUGAAGUACGGAAUAAAGCUGGGGAGUCCACGCGAAUAUUACCAUGAAGAUCAUCGGCCGACCCAUUUCUUGGAGUUCAGCAAUUUGGAGGAGGGUGAUGUGGCAGAAGGAGAUAGGGAGGAUACAUUCUCUUGAAGAAGAUGUUAUCUGUUUUAACAACAAAAUUGUACUAGUGUACAUAUAUGUAUUAUGUUUAUCUUGAUUUUCCUGGUGGUUUACAGACCAGCAGAGGCUUAUUUCAAGGAUUUAUAGGUUUUUUUGACAGUUUGGUGUUCGUCAAUUACAUGUGAGCUAACUUUGUCAAAUCGUAAAAUGCUUUUACUUUUAUUUUCCGAGGUUAAAAUGUAUUUGUACGAGGUAAACUUGAAUUCUAAAUAUCACUGAUCUUUUAAGGGGUCU